AAUCUUUCAGGAACCGCCACUAACGUAGACGUAGCAUUGUAUAUAAAUAGCAUUGAUUCCAUUAGUGAAACCACAAUGGAUUUCAGUAUCAAUGCCUUCGUUAUUCAAGAAUGGGUUGACCCAAGAAUUCAAUUUUUCGGUUUGAUUGAUGCUCCUUAUUUAGAACUGGAUUCGAAGCUUAUAGAUGAUGUUUGGGUUCCUGAUUUAUAUUUUGCUAAUGAAAAGAAAGCUUCCUUUCACACUGUGACAGUACCAAAUAAAAUGUUACAUCUGUACAGCAAUGGUCGCGUGGUCUACAGAUUAAGAGUAUCCUUAACAGCAACUUGUCCAAUGCAGCUUCAAAGUUAUCCAAUGGAUGCACAAGUUUGUUCUCUUUACAUUCAGAGUUUUGCCUAUUCCACAAACAGCUUACAAUUCAGUUGGAGAGAGAAGGAUCCCAUCCGGCAAAAUAAAUUCAUGGAACUGCCUCAGUUUGAGUUAAAGAAUAUUCAGCAUAAAAAUUGUUCUGAAGAUAGAGAUCAAGGAAAUUUCACAUGUAUUGCAGUCGACUUUUACCUCCAAAGGAACAUUGGAUUUUAUAUGAUACAGAUUUAUGUACCUAGCAUGUUAGUUGUGCUUCUUUCUUGGGUUUCCUUCUGGUUAAAUGUAGACGCUGUUCCGGCUAGGAUUUCAUUGGGCAUUCUAACAGUUUUAACUAUGACUACACAGAAAUCUAUGGCGGUAUCUUCUCUACCCAAAGUGUCUUAUAUUAAAGCUAUAGAUGUAUGGAUGGCCGCGUGUUUAAGCUUUGUGUUUGUGGUAUUGUUGGAAUUUGCUCUAGUCAACGUAUUGGAUCGACGACAAAUCAAGAAGCCGUCUAAAUAUAAUGCUGUUGCUGAAGGCGAAGAAAAAAUGCAAUUACAGGUAACAACUACAUUCUGGUCAAAUAUUUUUAUAGAUCUGCGAGCUUAUUUCGUAUAUUCCAAUUUAAAGCGUCCAUACUUGUAG